UUACAGCUGAUUUGAGCUUAUCAAACACUUUACAAGAGCGCUCAAGUUUACUAUUUUGUAUUUAUACAAACAAGAAAUUAAACGCGCUAAUUUUAAGUACACUCAAAAGUAGUCGAUUUGUUGACUUAUCCACGCUUGACGUCCCCACUUACGUAAUGCUUUUAAGUCGCCUGACAACAACAACUCGCCUGAUGUCCAGCAUUGCGUCCAGAUGCCUUCACUCGGAGCGCAAAGUUUCCGUUAAAGGAGCCGGCGAUUUGCAUAUUGUGGAAAGUGGCAGCGGAAAGAGAAGUUUGCUGUUGAUGCCCGGUGCUCUGGGCUCCGCAUGGACGGACUUCAAGCCUCAAAUUGAGCAGCUGCCCAAACUGUUGCCAGAUUAUACGAUCAUUGCGUGGGAUCCGCCCGGCUAUGGAAAAUCGGUGCCGCCACAACGUAAAUUCGAUUUGGAAUUCUUUCGCAAAGAUGCCGAAGCUGCUGUGAAUCUCAUGCGUGCUCUGGACAGACCCCGAUUCUCAAUUCUUGGCUGGAGCGAUGGUGGCAUCACCGCCCUCAUCAUGGCCGGUCGUCAUGCGGACGCCGUGGAAAAGUUGGCAAUUUGGGGUGCGGGCGCCUAUCUGGUCGAGGAUGAGGUGAAGACAAUGCAAUCGAUUCGCGAUGUGGCCAAGUGGUCGCCACGCAUGCGUGAACCCAUGGAAAAACUGUACGGAGUAGAGCGUUUCGCACAGCUCUGGUCGGAGUGGGUCGAUACAUUCUGUGCGUUCCACAAGCAGCGGGCUGGCGAUCUUUGUCGCGCCGAAGUGGAACAGAUUGUGGCACCCACAUUUAUAUUGCAUGGCAAGAAGGAUCCAAUGAUUGCGGCCGAACACAUCCCAUGGCUAAGGCAAAAAUUGGCCAAGGUUACCUAUCAUGAGUUUCCCGACGGGAAACACAAUAUUCAUCUGCGCUAUGCGGAUGAGUUCAACAAACUCGUCGCCGAUUUUUUCAGCGACAAAUAAGAAAAUGAAUUUUUAAAUUUUUGUAUAAAAUUUAAUUUUAUUUAUUUGCUGGCUGCUUAUUUGAUGUGGGCACGAAUGGUGGGCACAUAGUCAUCAUAUUGCGCUUGGAAGAAGUUGCCGGCGACGGGCACGCCAAAGUUGUACUUGGCCACAUAGUCGCGGAUCUUGACGUUGAGGCGACCCUCCAAUGUACUACAAAAAAAAUAAAAUGUUUAAAAACACAA